AUGGCUGAAGCCAGCUUCAAACAGAUGAUUGCCACUCUAUUGCGCCAAACAAGGCCACAAACCUUUCGCCACACGAAGCCUCCUCGGUAUCCUCAGCGCCCGUUGUCCACUGCUACGAACAUCCAACCCCAGCGACCUGCAGCAGCAGAUCCGCGAUGGCAGGCACAUACACUCCAAGACCAGAGCCCUCCCGCGCCUCAGAACGAGCGGCCACGACUCGAAGGCUUACGAAACGAGUCCGAACCACGACCUUUCUCGUCCUUUCUGACCGACAACUACUCGCGCCAGCAUAACUAUCUGCGCAUAUCAAUCACCGAACGAUGCAAUUUACGAUGUCUUUAUUGCAUGCCCGAGGAAGGUGUUCCGCUUUCUCCUUCCGCGCAGUUACUCACAACCCCCGAAAUUGUAUAUCUGUCGGAAUUGUUUGUUAAACAAGGCGUCGACAAGAUUCGACUGACCGGGGGUGAACCCACGGUUCGAAAAGAUAUUGUGGAUCUCAUGCAUCAGAUUGGGAAAUUGAGAGGCGAUGGUCUGAAAGAAUUGUGUAUAACAACAAAUGGCAUAUCUUUACAUCGAAAACUCGAUUCCAUGGUUGAAUCCGGGCUGACUGGGGUCAAUUUGAGCUUGGAUACACUCGAUCCUUACCAGUUCACCAUUAUGACGCGGAGAAAUGGACACGAUGCAGUCAUGAAAUCAAUCAAUCGCAUACUUGAGAUGAAUAAACUGGGAGCAGCCAUCAAACUCAAGAUCAAUUGUGUGGUAAUGCGGGGCUUGAAUGAACGGGAGAUUCUACCAUUUGUGGAACUUGGCAGGGACCAAGAUCUCGAGGUGCGAUUUAUCGAGUACAUGCCAUUUGACGGUAACAAAUGGUCGGAGAAAAAGAUGUUGGGCUUCAGGGAAAUGUUGGCUCUUAUCCGCCAAAAAUAUCCCACUGUCGAAAAGGUACGAGAUCACAAGAACGACACGAGCAAGACAUACAAAGUCCCAGGUUUUGCUGGUCGAAUCGGGUUUAUCACGUCCAUGACGCACAACUUUUGCGGCACUUGCAAUCGACUUCGAAUCACCUCCGAUGGUAAUCUGAAGGUGUGCCUCUUUGGAAAUGCCGAAAUCUCCUUGCGGGAUAUUCUACGCGAAUCCAAUCACGGCAACCCAAUUGAUGUCGAAGCCAUGAAGGCUAUUCGACAGCUCGAGCUAAAUCACCGCCAGCGACUGUCUGGGACUGGAGAGCCAGGGACGUCUGAACAGGAAGCAAAGUUGCUCAAUGUCAUUGGCAUGGCGGUGAAGCGCAAGAAGGAGAAGCAUGCUGGCAUUGGCGAGCUGGAGAAUAUGAAAAACAGACCAAUGAUUCUUAUAGGUGGGUAG